AUGCAAAAAAAAUUAUCUUUUAUAAUAUAAGUAAUUGGAUGGAUUAUUUGCUAUCUAUCUGACUUUGUUAAUAGCGAUUGCAGUACAGGUACUUACUAAAAUGAGUUAAGUGGAAAUUGUGAUAAUUGCUAUGUUGGGUGUAGCACAUGUACUGGAUAUUAAUAAAAAGAUUGCUUAGAUUGCUUACCUACAUUUAAAAAAAUAUAGCUUUCUAAUCAAUUUAUUUGCUCUCUUUGUCCUUAGGGGUAGUUUUAUGAUGAUUCAGCAAGCAAAUGCUUGAAUUGCAACUUUGAUUGUGAUGUUAAUUGCGAUUUUGGUUACUAUAGAAAUCCUAUUAAUUAGCUGUGUGAAAAAUGUACCACUCAGGUUUCAAAUUCAACAAAUUGCUUAGUGGAAUAUACUUAUUAUGACUAAAAUGGCAAACCUACUAGUUUUAGUGUAAAACCAUUAAUAUGCGAUGAUACUUAUUAGUUAUAAUAUUCGUAAUGUACUUGUUAAAUAGGUGUUUAUCGUGAUAGUUAUAGCUGUACUACAUGUACUGAUCCUAAUUGCAUGAUUUGUUAUUCAUUUAAUAGUUGCUCUUAAUAUAAUAAAAACUCUUAUUGUAAGUACUUUUAUGGAUAUGAUUCUUAUUAUGGAUGUUUUAACUCUUAUUGUAGACCUUUAUAAUUUAAACUAUUUGAUCCAAAAUCUAAUAGUUUUAAAUGUGUAAGUGCUUGCCCAAUAGGAUAUACUGCUAACCUAUAAACAUUUUCUUGUAUUCAAAAUAAUUGUACUGGCGAUAUAUCCUAACUAAUAAAUGGUACAUGCUUUUAUAGGACAUGCCCUUCUGGAUAUUACUUUUAAUAAUUCUAAGAUCUCAAAACACCAUCUAAGUGUAUAGUGAUAGAUAAUCCAAAUUGUAUGUAUCAAUUAGAUGAAUAUCCUACAUGUUUAUUUUGUUAGAAUUCAUAUAUUUACAACAACGGAUAUUGUGUAGCUCAUUGCUAAGGUAACGAUCCUUAAAACGAUUUACUAUACUACUAAGAAUCAGGAAAAUGUAAUUAUUGUUGGAAAAGUUACUGUUCCUCCUCUUAAUUUGAGUACACAUAUAUUAUAAAUGAUGUAAGUUAUAUAGGAAACAACUGCCCAAACAACUAUCAAAAUGUUAACAAAAAAUGUGUUUUGUGUAGCAAUCCUAAAAUGAUAAAAUGUGAUACUCCAGAAACUACAAAAUAUUUAUGUGACUGGGGAGAAAAUAAUACAACACCUGAUUGUUAAAAAUAUGAUUUAACCAAAUUAACCUAAAAUUCUUUUGAUGGCUAUGGCAACAUUUAAAAUUAUAGUUAAUGUUAUAAUUACGAUCCCAUUACUAAAUUAUUAGAUGGAGUUGAUUAACAAAUUUGUGCUUAAUGUGCACCAAAUUUUUUUAAUAUUUUUGGAAGUUGCAUUGAUGAUUGCCCAAAUUAAACAUUUAAAAACACAAUUUCAAUGGCUUGUGAAACUCCUAUUUAAAACUGUGCAUAGUAUUAUCAGUAAUCAAAAUAACCUUUAUGCACUACUUGUUUAAUAGGAUAUGUCUUAUAUAAAAGCUAUCCAUCAGAUACAUGUGUACUUUAUUCAAGCUGCAAAAAUGGUUUUUUCUAUGAUUUAUAAUAAGGUUACUGUAAUCAGUGUUAAGCAAAUUGUGAUGAAUGCUUAUCUAAUUUAAAAUGUACAAAACCUUCUGCUGGAUAUGUUUUAUAUAAUUUUUAGCCUGUUAAUAAAUGCCCAUAAGGAACAUAUCUAUCUGGUAAUAGUUGCUAAAAUUGUGGGUAUUUGUUUACUUAAAUCCUAUAUGUAGUACAAAUUAGUUUUUUAAUCAAUCUCAAGCUAUCUGCUAGAAUUGUGAUAUAUCCUGUGCUUAGUGUUAUAAAUCAGCCACUUAAUGUCUACUCUGUUCUGAUUCAACUAUGA